UUUACAGCAUGUAUUCUGUAAUCUGUAGUGGAAUACAUUUCAAAAGUAACCCUCACAACCCUGGUAGUCAGUAUACGCUUGCUUUUUUCCAAAGUCUGUUUGCGUAUAACAACUUAUAAGGAUACAUUUUUGCUUAUACCCGACUUUCCUCGUUAUUUACAAAAUAAAUCGCUUCGUUCGCAGGAACGAGUUUAUCACUUUUAUUCAUCAAGCUUCACGACGCUGAACCGCAGUAGCGUUGUGAUCAAUGUGAUCGCGUCUGCUCCAGAAAAACGAUCUUUCAUGUCGAUGUUGAUGUUGUAGGGAAGAAAUAAAGAUGCCGCAGCCGAAAUCGCGAAAGAUCGACGUCCUGGGCUACAGAUCUGUCGGGAAAUCCUCCUUGACGAUACAGUUUGUGGAAGGCCAGUUUGUUGACUCAUACGAUCCAACUAUUGAAAACACGUUUACUAAAAUGAUCACAGUGAACGGUCAGGAGUAUCACCUGCAGCUAGUGGACACAGCAGGACAGGAUGAAUACUCAAUUUUUCCACAGACGUACUCCAUAGAUAUCAACGGUUACAUUUUGGUCUAUUCAGUCACGUCAAAUAAAAGAGUACCCAUAAUGCUGGUGGGCAAUAAGAAAGACCUCCACAUGGAAUGUGUCAUCAGUUGUGAAGAGGGUAAAGCGUUGGCAGAAUCGUGGAAUGCAGCGUUCAUGGAGUCCUCAGUGAAAGAGAACUAGACUGCGGUUGAGGUGUUUAAGAGGGUAAUCCUGGAAGCAGAGAA